CCUAAAAAAACUGCAUUUUUUCAUCCAAACCAGUCCCGGGGGGAGAGAGAGAUGGAGGCUGCAGAAGCGCAGAACUCAUCUCCGGCGGCAGCCGGAGGUCGUUACGCUUUGCACCCGACCCGAUUAGCGGGCGAAGACAUACUAUUCUGCAUUGAUGUUGAUACGGAAUCCCUGGUCGAAAUGAAAACCCACACUACGGCUGGUCGACCCUGCAUCCGAUUGGACGCGAUCAAACAAGCUAUUCUCCUCUUCAUCAAUGCCAAGCUCACCAUAAACCCCGAUCACCGCUUCGCCUUUGCCGGGCUUGGAAAAUCGGCUUUCUGGCUCCGGAAAGAGUUCAGUAACGAUGUUGAUUCUGCAAUUUCUGCAUUCCGGGCUAUCUCAGUAGAUUCAUCUUUUGGUCAGGCUGACCUAACUCAACUGUUUAGAGUGGCUGCUCAUGAAGCUAAAAAGUCUCGUGCUCAGAAUAGGAUACUUAGGGUGGUUCUACUAUACUGUAGGUCAUCUGUACCACCAACACAUCAAUGGCCAGCUAUCCAGAAACUCUUCACUUUGGAUGUGAUUUACCUCCACGACAAGCCAGGACCCGAUAAUUGUCCUCAGAAGGUGUACGACGCCCUGGUGGAGGCCCUUGAACUUGUCACCGAGUACGAGGGUUACAUAUUUGAGAGUGGCCAGGGCAGUUCACGGGUCCUCUUUCGCUACAUGUCUGUUCUGUUAUCCCACUCUCAGCAGCGCUGCGUGCAAGACUAUAUCGACAUACCCAAGUCCCUGACGAAGAAGUCACCAGUGACUGAACCAGUUCCGGCUGAAGAAAACGCUGUAGCGUCGAGCCAAUAACUUCUUGGAUGAGAAUGACUUGAAGCACAGACUAUUGGUGCUCUGUUAAGGACCAGUCUGGAGAUGUGUAAUUUUGUGGAGGAAGGAUGUGACUUGGGUUCACAUUGGCCUCUUGUAAGGACUUUCUAGUAACAAAAAUGUUCAGCAAAUGUUCUAAGACUUUGGUAGUAACUAUUAAGUGUAAAAUCAUACUAAGUUUUCUCUGGAAAAUGAAGAAAUCACAAUGUGUAUAAAAGUUCAGGAAUUGAUGGUUUCAACCUGGGAUUUUUUCAA